GCGAGUGCCCGGGCGAAGCCGCAGGUCCGUGAGUUUGGCCGGAGGCGCGAACGCCGGGCGGGGGGAGACGCGGCGAUCGCGGGACGCUUAAAAUAAGCAGAGGGUUCUCGAGAGUUCGCUGUGGAUUCUGCUCCGGAGACCAAACCUGCCGUCCGCCCCCGAGGAGGGGGUCACCGUCCCAGGUUUCCUGUUCCCCCCCGAAAUGGAGAGUGCCGGGAAAGUCUGCCCGUGAGGGCCGGGGAGACCACCGCCUGACUGUCCGGUCCUCUGGGCCAAUCCGUCCGCCCUCCGACCCCCUUCACCACGGCGACCGCCCUCCCACCGUCCCAUCCUGCACCUCCUCCGUCAGCAUGGUGCCGCCCCCUCCCACCAACAAGCCGCACGUGUGCCUGUCCACCAUUUUGAUCGUCAGCAGCAUGGCGCUCAUCGACGCCUACCUGGUGGAGCAGAACCAGGGCCCGCGGAAGAUCGGCAUCUGCAUCAUGGUGCUGGUGGGGGACGUGUGCUUCCUCAUCGUCCUGCGGUACGUGGCGGUGUGGGUGGGGGCCGAGGUACGCACGGCCAAGCGCGGCUACGCCAUGAUCCUGUGGUUCCUCUACGUCUUCGUGCUGGAGAUCAAGGUCUACUUCGUCUACCAGAACUACAAGGCCGACCGCACCAGCCUGGACGCCGUCGCCCGCAAGGCCCUCACGCUGCUCCUGUCCAUCUUCAUCCCCGUCCUCUUCGUCGUCCUGGUGGCCAUCGACCACAUGGAGUACGUGCGCGCCUUCAAGAAGCGCGAGGAGAUCCGGAACCGCCUCUUCUGGGUGGUGGUGGACCUGCUGGACGUCCUGGACAUCCAGGCCAACCUGUGGGAGCCGCAGAAGAAGGGGCUCCCCCUGUGGGCGGAGGGGCUGAUGUUCUUCUACUGCUACAUCCUGCUGCUGAUCCUGCCCUGCGUGUCGCUGAGCGAGAUCAGCAUGCAGGGCGUCAACAUCGUGCCGCACAAGAUGAUGCUGUACCCCAUCCUCAGCCUGGUCACCAUCAACGUCGUCACGCUCUUCAUCCGCGGCGGGAACCUGGUCUUCUACAAGGACGUGCGGGUGUCGGGCAUCCUGAUGGGGAAGAACGUGCUGGCCAUAAUCCUCAAGGUGUUCAGCUUCGUGCAGUACAAGAGGCAGCUGCACGCCCCGCCCGCUUUCGGCAUCGAGCUGCAGAAGAACUCCGCCCCCCACAGCCGACCUUUGCCCCCUCCGACACAGGCGAUGCUUCAGGACCAGAUCACCCCCCUGCCGGAGGUCACCGCCUGCGGACACACGUGACACCGGCGAUUUCUGGCUGGGGUCCCUAAAAUCGCCCCCCUCUGGGGGAGCUAUGGAAAACGACUGCGCACGGAACGGUACAGAACUCCCGUCUGGGAAUACUGGGAAUCAGUCAGGACCCACAGUGCAGCUUUCCUUACGGACACAAUGAACGGCAUAUUUUUUUUUAAACACAACAAUGGGGAAAUAUAUUUUUUAAACCGUCUGCUGCAUUAUGACAUCAAAAAAAGAAAGAACAAAACAAAAUGGAUGGUAGCACUUGUGUAGUGUAAUUCUCUGAUUUUCUAUUCUAUGUGAUUAAAAAGUUAUGUUAUUGUUACUGCAGUUGGGAAAACAGAGUAAGGCUGUAUCAUGAGAAAUGAAGAUCAGGCUCUUUUUUUUUUUUUUAAAGCAAGAGUGUUUCAUAUGUUAGGCCUACAAGAUAAAGUAUUGUGUUCAUGUCAGACAGCUGUGGUGUUUGUAUGUGCUUUGCGUUACUGGGGUCUACUUUCAUGUUCACUCUUAUUAAUGAACAGAUCAAUUAUCAA